AAAAAAACCGAUUCUGGCAAGUGUUUGAGUUUGUGUACCGAAACCGUGUAAGCAUGGAUGCGCUGGAGCUGCAGGCCGCCCUGGUGAAGCUCGACCCGGCGACGACGGUCACGCCAAUCGUGCCCCAGCACCAGAUCAAUUUCGGCCUGAACCUCGACGAGACGGACCUGAGCCUCCAGAACAAGGGGCACAACGGCCAGCAACAGGCGAGAAAGUUCUGCGGUGGGGGCCACCACCAUCACCAGAACAACCCCCCGGUGCCGGUCAAGCAGCCGGUCAAGUGCGCGAUCGGUGAGGUCAGGUGACGUCAGCCCUGCGUCAUCGGGGCCGGGGUGAUGUACCACACCUAUCCGCCCCACAGGGCCGGCAAGCACCACAGCAAACACCUCGCCAAGGAGAAGCGCCACCACCACCUACACCACCACCACCAUCACACCC